CCGAUUGGUGCGCUCUGAUCACACGCUCCGCUUUGCUGCGCCCCCAGGGGUUCUGUGCUUGGGACCCCUUUCGUAAAGCAUGCUGCUGCUAGUUCGUGAGCGGAUGUGAAGUGUGCAUUCUUACCUCUAUGUUAGCGACAUGGUCAUGAUGACUUUUAAUUAGUGUUUUUCUUUUUCAGAACAAGCGCUUUGGUGUUUUCCACAGGUAUUUUCCACAUGCCAGCUAUGCAUUCAAUGUCCAACUGCCGACGAUCGGGGGAGCUAAGUUGUGGAUGGGAUGGAGGUCUUCGGCACCGUCCUGCGGACGCGCCGCUGAUAUUGGUUGUCCCCUAAGAUGAUGCGAAUUGUUAAUUCUUGGCAGGCAUGUUAUGUGGGGCUUUGCAGCGGUGAGAAUAGCAACGGAGUCGGAGCAUCGACUGCAAAUGGGUGGUAGUAGAGGAGGGGUGUGGAUGCCAGUGAGGGUGGGUGGUAUGCGCUGCAGGAUUGCUGUGCUCCUGUGCGGCACUUUGUGUUCUCGGUCAUCACAAAUCGCUGUGAAUCGUUGCGAGUUACCUCAGCGGUCAGUGACAAUGAAGCUUCCGCACCGUUGGUGAUGGUUCUCGCCGACAGAGUUCACGUAUAUAUGUUCUCCAUGACCGAAGAAAACAGCCAUGGAAAACUAGUGUCAGUUGCACAAUACCAAUCGAUGGAUUGGUUUCGAUUAGUGUCGGAGGCACAGCACCGAACGAUCGAUUGGUUUUGUGGAGGCGGGCGGUCAUUACCACUGCCGUCUUCCCCUGAUGUCUCCUGAAAUAGAGGAAAUACCAGCUUUGUUCCGGAGCUCGUUGGUCCGGGGACAGGGGUGGGUAGGGUAGCCGAGGCCAUGGCCGGUUGAGGGCUCUGUGCGAGGGUAAUAAAUGAAUGCCCUCCUAUUUUGUGGCCUCUGCCUGAGGGGAAAUAAAUAAUAUGGUCCUAUGUGCUGAAUCAACCUAGGACCUGCCUUAGUCAUGUUGGAAUAUGCUUGUCGUCCAAGUUGAAGGUCAGGAGUUCAAAUUCUUUGGAAUGUUGAAGUCUUGGCCGAGCACGCGCGAGGGAGAAGUGCGUGCUCGUCCCCUCUCUCCUCUGGUACAAUCUUCGAUGCACCUCGGCUAGUUGGAGAUGCCGCUCCAGUUCUCUUUGUUUGCUGGUUAAUGCUUAUCUGUAAUUGAGGUGCUUGUCGGCGCCCCAGUUGCUAUUUGAUGGGGACUGUUAGUUGCCAAAAGGAGCGGACGCUCGGGUCUGUUCGUGGCUCAAAAGGGCAAAAGGGCAACUAGCCGGACUGCCGAUCUGUUCCUGGUCCAUUUCUAGUCCGACAUGGCGUUUAGCGGGACCAUUGGUCUGUUGCUGGUGCAACAAGAUGCACCUUUUUAAGUAUGAUGAUACACCUUGCGUGUAAGCUUUAUUUGGCUCAAAUGGGAAUGGUAGGUGGUUCCGAGAGCAGUUAAGUAUGAUGAUACACCUUGCGUGUAAGCUUUAUUUGGCUCUAAUGGGAAUGGUAGGUGGUUCCGAGAGCAGUUGUUGAGCUUUCUGUCGUACGACUUCGCUCGGGUGGGAAGGAUGUUUUGAUGCGAGUCGAUUCAACCGGAGGUUUAGGUGGGGGACACCGGUCUGUUGCAGGUGCAAAACAAUUUGCACCUUCUCUUCAAGUACCCUCCACCUUGUGCGUAAGAAAGCUGUAAUGGGAAUGGCAGGUGGUUGUGCGAGCGCUGGACUGAAAUUUGCACCAAAUGCAGCCAGGUUUAAUGACCGCGUGAAGACGGUUGUUUGCCUGGUUGGAAAGGCCAUUGUGAUAUUAACUUGAGGUAGGUAAGAUUUGACUCGACGAGGCGUCGAGGAGUACCGGAUGUUCUGGGCAAAGGUAAGUGGUCGGUUUUCGUUACAGCGCGCAGAUGAUCGGAGCAGUGGCGGCGAGAAGUCGUCGAGCUUUUGUAUCCUCUGCUAAUUUUCGCCGAUGGCGCGAAGGCUUCGUGUAUCGUCAGGGAGAUCAAGGUGGCGCCUUUAUUUAGAGGCAUGCACGCAAACAUUUUUGGACGUCUUGCACGGAAGGUAAUUAAUUGCUUGUCGUUCUCGGUGCGGGGCAGCAUUUCAGUAUAACUGGGUGUGUAUGCUGUGUGACGGGAUUUGGAGGGGCAGGGAGGGGCAGGGAGGGGCAUCAGUCACUCUCAAAUCUUAAGGUGGUUACCAUUGACUGGCUGACUGGCUGGCAGCGGUUAUGUCUCUCUGGGAUCUGAGAAGCAUCCCUUAUCUUUUCUGAGAUGCGUCCCUUUGUCUGUUUAGUAUUGUGCUUUGCCAGAGCAGGCAUAAUAUUUGUCUCGCAGGGUCCCGCUCCACUACUCUUCUCCACAUGCACAAAAUACAAUAAUCAUGGCGGUGUAUCUUUCCAUGUCCCCUAGCAGACGAUUCAUUCUCGUUUUGCAUGCGUCGAUUUAGAGGCAUACUCGCACUAUGUCCUUUCCGACAUGUCUCUGGAAGUAAUUGCAGUCGGAAACGUCCGCGUCACAAUGGAG